AGUUGUCAGUUCGGAGGCACUAAUCUGACAAGAGGUCGGUGUAAAUAAACAACAGACAACGACUUUUGGAUAUCCUCAAGUAAGUCGAUUGGAGAGGAAAGUAAAAAAAGAAAAAUGAGAGUUUGAUUUUAUCUUGGAGUGGAGGCCCCGCAUGAGAGAUAAGGUUUUGGAGGACAAAAAAAAAAAAUCAGGCACCAGGGAGGUGAGUGGCGGAUUUACCCUCAGAGGGGGUAAAAAAAACCCCCAACAACAACAAAACAAAACAUGACUGUGGUGUCCCAGGACAAUAAAGAAGAGGCUGUGACGGUCACUCCUUUGUUACAAGAUGCUGCUGACUUGGAACCGGCGGACCAGGAGUGCAGCGAGAGGGUGGUCAUCAACGUAUCGGGCCUGCGCUUCGAGACGCAGCUGAAAACCCUGUCGCGCUUUCCGGGGACGCUCUUGGGGGAUCCGCGUAAAAGGACGCGCUUCUUCGACCCGCUGAGGAACGAGUACUUCUUCGACAGGAACAGACCGAGCUUCGACGCCAUUCUCUAUUAUUAUCAAUCGGGAGGACGGCUCAGGAGGCCCGUGGGUGUACCUGUGGACAUUUUCCUGGAGGAAUUAAAGUUUUAUGAACUCGGGGAGGAAGCCAUAGAGCUGUACAAAGACGACGAGGGCUUGCCGAGAGAGGAGGAGCGGCCGCUGCCGACCAACGAGUUCCAGCGGCAGCUCUGGCUCCUGUUCGAGUACCCGGAGAGCUCGGGACCCGCGCGGUCCAUCGCCAUCGUGUCCGUUAUGGUUAUUUUGAUAUCCAUCAUCAUAUUCUGCUUGGAGACUUUACCGGAGUUUAGAGAGGUGCCCCCAGAGCCAGAGCAGCACGCCAACGGAAGCGCAGACAGCAAAGCGCUCAGUCCCUUCACGGAUCCCUUCUUCAUGGUGGAGACGCUUUGCAUCGUGUGGUUCUCCUUUGAGUUCACCAUGAGGUUCCUGUCCUGUCCCAGCAAAGCGGCCUUCUUCAAGAACAUCAUGAACCUGAUAGACGUGGUGGCCAUCGUGCCCUACUUCAUCACCCUAGGCCUGGAUCUGGCAGAGCAUGAAGGCAGCAGUCAGCAGGCGGCCUCCCUGGCCAUCCUGAGGGUCAUCAGGCUGGUGCGCGUCUUCCGGAUCUUCAAGCUCUCCAGACACUCCAAAGGCCUGCAGAUCCUGGGCCAGACUCUCCACGCCAGCCUCAGGGAGCUGGGGUUGCUCAUAUUCUUCCUGCUCAUUGGAAUUAUCUUGUUCUCCAGCUCGGUGUAUUUCGCCGAAGUGGAGGAUCCCGAGUCGACGUUUUCGAGCAUACCCGACGCGUUCUGGUGGGCCGUGGUGACGAUGACCACGGUGGGCUACGGAGACAUGUAUCCCUCCACCAUCGGGGGGAAAUUCGUUGGUUCCCUGUGCGCAAUCGCCGGAGUGCUGACCAUAGCUCUACCUGUUCCCGUCAUCGUGUCGAAUUUCAAUUAUUUCUACCACAGAGAGAACGAAGAGGAGGAAAAUGUGCAGUACAUCCACGUGACCUGCGGGCAGCCGCAGCAACAGAGCUCCUUUGGGGAGACGGAUUCCACAAAAAGUAACCAGUCCCUCUCCAAAACCGAGUCCUAUCAGGGGAGCGACGACCUUGAGGUCCUGACUCAUCCAAACGCGACUCAGCCGGAGGCUUACACAGGAAAGCUGACGGAUGUGUAAACAAGACAAGUUUUUGUUUCUGGAGACAGAAGACUACAUGAAGCUUUUUUUCCCCCUUCAGUCACAAGACUUACGUGUGGCAUUCUCUUUGAAAUUUCAUGGAUUUUAUUUUUUAAUUUGAACUUUUGUGCACUGC